UGCGCUGUCCGUGCUUUGAGCGUGGUUACUGCAAUGGAUAGGCUUAUUAGUUAAUGCGUGCUCGAGGCUUUCGUGCUGGAUAAAACAGUUUAGUACACAUGAGCACGUGCUUAAAUGGCCAGCAUGGAGGAAGCCACCAACGUGCGCAUGUCGGCCAGGGAAAAGUUUUACUCCUGCAACACGCUGGUGUGCCUGCUGCAGGGCCUUAAGGGCUACAGAACUACCGUGGAGCUGCGGAACGAGGCCGAGGUGUUCGGCACGAUCGCCAGCGUGGAUGGGUUCAUGAACGUGACUGUGGAGGGAGCGACCUUCACCGACCCGUCUGGCCAGCGGGCGCGCUUCGACGCGUUCUUCGUGCACGGCCGGCAGAUCCGCUACGUUCAGAUUCCAGAUGAGGUGUCUCCGCUGUCGGUGAUCCAGCAGCAGCUGAGCGUCCACCAGAGCGGCGGUCGUGGUGGCCGCCGGGAGGAGGCAGACCAAGUGCGCCGCUCGCGCAAGACCAAGAAGGCCGAGGCGUACACGCGGGAGACGGUGCAAGCCAUGAACCGGCCGGCACCCUCGUAACGCGGCUGGAGGGAAGGGGAGGGGACCUGACUGGUCUGCUGAGGGUUAGGAAGCCACAGCUGCUACCUCUGCUGCCCUCAAGGAUAGCGUUUUUACCCUGCUAAGGCGCCAGGCAUCGUUGGUCGCGCUGUUUGUGGUGUGGCCAAGGAAGGAUGGCCGCCCAAGCCCGAUUUGUACGCUCAUGUCUGCCCGUAUGUGAUCGGGGGAAAUGCCGUUACCGAACUUAUCUGCUGAGGCUAGGUGGCACCACCUGAUUGUGAUUUGCUCAAAUGUCUUUGUUCAGGUAACCGGCUGGCUUACCUGGGUUGGGUGUCUCCAUCAGCCGAGGUCGUACUGAUGCCACUUGCUGUCGGUCGCCGAUGAUUGUUAGCUCGAUCUGCACACGACAUGAUUUGAGCUUUGAAUGCGCCUAGUCAUUUUGGAAGAUCCGUUGUGUUAAGACAUUGUUUCUGAAGUGUUUCAUGCAUUCUGGUAUGUUUUAAUGGUAGGUGAUCUCGAUUUGCGGCACAUUUGCGUUGGUGGCGCUGCACCGUCCAGUGUUGACAUUGGAUGCGUGGAUCAAGUGGGAUCAUCAUCAUGCAUGAAGGAGCACAACAUCGCUCUUCGUCACCCCGAUCCGUCGGAACCGUAAAACAAUAGCUCCGCAUCAACAUGUUUGUUCUCCACGCUUAGACGCGGUGCGAUGCUCGCAACCACUCAGCGGAAAACAGUGAAAGCUCGGGUACAUAAUGUAAACUGACGCGCCAAGGAAACUCGGCUGCGCCCCGGAUAACCCCGUUCUCGCCGUGUUUCCGUGCGGGCGUGUGAACAGGCGGGACUGUAACCGAUAUACACGGUUGUAUGAGGUAGUUUGGCGUGGCAACGACUUAAUGGCGCACGUGCAUUUCGUUUGAAAUCCGGAGAGUCGGGUGCCUGCCUCGUGCAUAAAAUGGAGUGAUCCCUCUGAAAUGUUGCUGCUCUAGGUGCUGUGCAUUGCAUGGCAGUAAGACGGACGAGCCGCCCAAGUUAAGAAUAGCAAUAAAA